AUGGAGAACCAUAACAUUACUAUGUUGAGAGCUGUUGAUGCCUUUCAAGAGCAGUUUUCUGUCAAGGUUAGGGUGAUCAGGGUUUGGGAACACCCUGAAAGGAGGAAUCCCAGUCAAUUAUACUCAUUUGACAUGAUUAUAAUGGACGAAGAGGGGACAAAGAUGGAGGCAACAUGCUUGAAUAGAGUUUUACCACAAUUUCUCCCGUCAUUAGUUGAAAAGAAAUGUUUGAUUAUCAGGAAUCCAACUAUAGGUUUUAAUAACUCUACGUACAGGUAUGUUGACAAUCAAAAUAGGCUAUGUUUCCAGGGGACAACCGAAGUUAUUCCAUGUGAAGAUAUUGGUGGAUCACCGUAUGGUUUUGAUUUCUUGAGUUUUGCGGACAUCUUGAACAGUAAUGCUAUUUCAAACUCUACAGUUGAUGUUAUUGGUUAUUUGAUUCGAUCAUUUCCUAAAGAGACUGUUAAUAACAAAUCAACUGGAAAGCAGGCUGUUAAGUUUGGCAAGGUCAAGUGGUGGAAUGGGGUUGCGUAUGUUAACAAUUCAUACACGGUUAGUCGUCUUUUUUGCAAUCAUGAUUGUCCUGAAGUCGAUGAGUUCAGAAACCGUUUGUUUGAAAAUUCCAUUGAAGUCUGUGAAUCCACGAGCCUUGGUUCCAUGGCAAAAUCUGUUGAAGAGGAAAUCUUGCAAAGCAAAGAUUUUUUAAAUAUUUGUGAUGUCUUUUCGCUUAAGACGGUUUGCAAGGUCAUUGUUCUGGGUAAUAUACUGGGUGUUUACAAAGAUGAAGGAUGGUUCUAUGAGGGUUGUAAUAGAUGUAACAAGAAGAUCAAAAAAGUUGUUAAUCUGAGUGAGGACACCCAGGAAUCAGGUUCAGCUGUUACAAAGGAGGUUCUUACCUGUGUAUCUGAUCGUUGUGCUUUUAAAACUAUAACUUCUUCUCUCAAGUUUAAGAUUCAACUUAGAGUUCAAGACCCAUCAGCUUCUGUUACACUUACUUUGUUUGAUCGUGAAGCACGGAAGUUGUUAGGAAAGUCUGUUGAUGAUAUUCUUACUGCUAACCCUGAAUUUCGUUCUGAUUCCAUGAAGAUUCCUGCUGAAGUAGACGCAUUGGUUGGCCAGACUGCUGCUUUUAAAAUAGAUGUUACUGGCUACGUCUUGAAGUAUAACAUCCAUAAGUAUGGUAUACUGAAGCUGACUGUGGAUCCUAACGUUAUAUCUGUACUUCAAGAGAAGCAAUCCUCUUCACAGAUAAGUUCUUCUCAGAAUAUGUCUCUCAAUAUUGAUGCUUCAGAAUUUGAAUCUCAGACAUCUGAUGGUUUCAAGAACUCUGCUGCCAAAAGAAUCGAAAACAAUACUCCUGUGUCUAACAUGGCGAGCACCGUUUCACCUGUUUCAUUGGAUGUUACUGAUACUCCUGAUUCCAUGUUAGCUAAGGAUGAAGUGAAGCGAAACUUGGUUCAAGUCUAUGAUGUUGAAGAAGAUUCUCACACAUCUGCAACGAAGCUCCAAAAGUCUGGAGAGGUUCAGGAUUUCAAUAGUGCAGAGAAGAGGAACCUCUUAAUUCCUAAAGUUGAGAAAUAG